AUGAGCUCUUGUCUUUCUCACGAUUAUGAUUUAAAGCUCUUGGUGUUGAAAUGGCGUCGAGUUCAGCAGCAGCACAAAGUUGUUCAGAUCAUGAUCAUCCUAACGUGAAUGAUCUGAGGAUUGUUCUGCUAGGAAAGAAUGAAUCAGAAAACAGCCGAGUGAGAAAUACUAUACUGGGAACAGCAGGGCACUACAGGGACGCGGCUUCAUCUGAUGUACAGCAGCACAGUCAGAUCAGCAGGGCAACGGUGGAGAAAAAACACCUCAUAGUCAUCAACACUGCUCAUCUUCUCCAGCCACAUCUCUCACAGCAUCAGAUAAAACAGGGAGUGAGAGAGUGUGUGUCUCAGUCUGCUCCAGGACCUAAUGUGAUCUUACUAGUCCUGCAAUAUAAUGACUUCACUGAUGACGACCUGAGAAGAGUGAAAACUGUGCUGAACCUCUUCAGUGUGAAGGCCAUUAAACACACCAUAGUGCUGACUACUGAUGAAGACACACGCACAUCAAUGAUUACUGCUAGGCUAUUGAAUACCACUAUAGGCUCCAACAUCAGAUCGGCUUCUAACAUCAUUAGUAAUUUAACAAAGGAAUGUGGAGGAGGACAUCUUAAGUUUGAUGCAAGAAACGCAGGAUGGCGCUCUGAGAUGAUCAGAAGAAUAGAGGAGAUGCUGAAGGAAGAACAAGAAGAAUUUCUCGUCUGUAACAUGUAUGAAGAUGAAGAUCUGAGUAGAUCCGGGGGUUUAUUCAGAGGAGAUGGCACAAAGGAGGAUGGAAAACAGAAUACAAAAACAGCAAGUGAUGGACGAGUGACUACUUCUGGAAAAGCAAAGCUGAACAUUGUGCUGUGUGGAUAUAAUACAACACUCAAGAACUCAGUGUCUAGAAUAUUUAGAGGGACAAUAAAUAAACAAAAGAAAAAUUUCCAUCAGAAAGAAAAAAGCAAAGUGUGUGUGAAGAAAGAGGAGAAGAUGAAUGGACGGCAGAUUACGGUAAUAGAGCUUCCGGCUCUCACUCGUCUCUCAGAGGAGGAAGUGAUGCGGGAGACUCUCAACUGUGUGUCUCUCUGUGAUCCUGGAGUUGAUGCUUUUGUCCUCGUUACUCCUGUCGGUUCACUGACUAAUGAAGACAGAGCAGAAAUGGAGAAGAUUAAAAGAAUAUUUAACUCUAAUGAGCACUUCAUGGUGCUUUUCACUGCUGAUCUCACUGAUGACAGAAGUGUGUCAGAUUGUGUAUUAUCCGCAGAAUCUCAGAGCAUCGUGAGUCUCUAUGGGAGCUGGUACAGUGUGAUCGGGUUAAAGGAUGAUAUAAUCUCCGGACAGAUCUCAAGAAUGCUGGAUUGUAUAGAGAGCCUGAAGACUGAACCCUAUUCACUUCAGAUGUAUCUGAGAGCUCAAGAGAAGAGAGUCAGAGAUGAACUAGAGGAGAAACUCAGUGUGAGAGAGAAAGAAAUCACAGAGUUACAGGAGAAGAUCAAGACACUGGUUCCAGAGGGUGUGAAGCUGAAUCUGGUUCUGUGUGGGAGUAACAGAAGAUUAAAAUCCUUCAUAUCAAACCUGAUCCUGAACGCCGGAGACAGAAGACCAGAGCCCGGAGAGUGUUUGAGGACAGACGUGGAGCUUCAUGGACGUCUGGUGUCUCUGGUGGAGCUUCCAGAUCUGAUCAACACACAGAUCUCAGAGGAGGAAGUGAUGCUCCAGAUUCUCCGCUGUGUGUCUCUCUGUGAUCCUGGAGUUCAUGUUUUCCUCCUCACUAUUCCUGAUGCUCCACUUAAUAAUGAAGACAAAGCAGAAAUGGAGAAGAUCCAGAAGAUAUUCAGCUCAAGAAUCAACAAACACAUCAUGAUCCUCAUAAACCAGAAUUCAGAGGAAAAGACAGAAGAACUGAAUGAAGAAACACAGUCUGUCAUUGAGAGUUUUGGAGGACGACAUUAUUUCAUCGGCCCCCACACACAAGUGUCCGUGUUAAUGGAGAAACUACAGCAGAUGGUUGAGGAAAAUAGUGGUGUUCGUUUCUCCACAGAGACAUUGAUGGAAGUACAGAUGGAAAAACUGCUGAAAUUUGAAGAAAUGAAGAAGAGAAUCCAUUCAUUAGAGACAUGGUUUCAGUCAAAAGAUUCCAGAGAAAGUGAGGAUGAUCUGAGGAUUGUGAUGCUGGGAAAAACUGGAGCUGGGAAGAGUGCAACUGGAAACACCAUCUUAGGAAGAGGAGCGUUUAUGUCGGACACAUCUCAAAAGUCUAUUACUAAAAAGUGUCAGAAAAAAUCAGCUGAAAUCAACGGCCAACACGUUACUGUGAUCGACACUCCAGGACUGUUUGAUACUAAAUCCAGUAAUGAAGAAAUCCAGAGAGAAAUCAGCAACUGCAUCUCCAUGAUCCUGCCUGGACCACACGUGUUCAUCAUUGUGCUCAAUUUGGGACAGCGAUUCACUGAAGAGGAGGAGAAAUCAGUGAAGAUCAUCCAAGAGAUGUUUGGUGAGAAAUCUUUAAUGUACACAAUGGUGCUCUUCACCAGAGGAGACGAUCUGAAGAACAAAACCAUUGAACAGUGGCUUGGAAAACCUGGAUCUGUGAUCAGAAACCUGGUUGAAGUGUGUGAAAACAGAUACCAUGUGUUCAACAAUAAUCAGACUGGAGACCGAACAAAGGUGUCUGAUCUACUGAAGAAGAUAGACCACAUGGUGAAAGAAAACGGAGACAGUUACUACUCAUGUAAGAUGUUCAGAGAGAUGGAAAGAGGAAUACAAGAAAAACAGAUGAAGAUCCUGAUGGAGGAAGUGGAUCAACUGAAGAGAGAGAGAGAAGAACUGAUGAACAAACAUAAAGAAGAGAAAAAGAGGAUGAAGAUGAUGAUGGAGGAAGAAAUACAAAAUCAAAGAAAGAGAAGAGAAGAAGAGUUUGGAGAGAGAGAGAAACGAUACAAAAGAGACAUUAAAGAAAGAGAAGAACAAGAGAGGAAGAUGCGAGAGGAGAUGAAGAGAGAACGAGAGGAAUAUGAGAAACAGAGACAAGAGGAAAAACAAAGAAGAGAUGAAGAGGAUGAGAAAAGGAGAAAGAAAGAUCAGGAAACAUGGGAUAAAUAUAAUCAGAGACUGAAACAAGUGAAAGAGACGAUGAAGAUGAUGAUGGAGGAAGAAAGACAGAAUCAGAAGAAAAGAGAAGAGGAAUAUAAAAGAGACAUUAAAGGAAUAGAGGAUCAUGAGAGAGAGAUGCAAGAGAUGAUGAAGAAAGAAUGAAGAGACAGAAACAACAUGAAGAGAAUAAGAAGAGAAAGUCUCGAGCCUUUGUAUUCAAAUCCAGAUUCAUGACCGGCGAGUCCAAGUCGAGUUUCAAGUCCUCAACGCAAGAUUUUAACAAGUUAAACACAAACUUAAACACAUUAGUGCUCGUUUCCCAAAUUAAUGUUAUUAUUAAUUACAUUUAAGAUGACUAUUUUCACUAAGGGCACCCAUAUUUUUCUUGGUCUUGAACGUCUGACGUGCAAUUAAUGCAAGGACAAACUGGGAAUUAUUUUCUUUCUCUGGGUAACUUAGAGUAACAAAGCAUAAACUUGUUGACUAGAAUGUGAAUUAUCUGAUAUUCAGAUUCUCAAAUAUAUGUUAAUAAAAGUAUUUUGAGUCUUUUAUU